UUGUUUUCAUAGCUCAUUCCGUAUUGCGAAUAUCGAGGCAGUAUUGCCCGUUGCAUUUAUAUUGAACUCAAAAUUUUUAGUUACCAAGUUUCUUGGUGUUUUGCGUCGUUUGCUUUUCACCAUGGGGAAAAAUAACACAGGACUAGAAAAUUCGCCAAAUGGAAACGACGAAGUUGCCCCAAACAACUCCCUAACCAUCCCUUCGGAGGAAGAGACGGAUUCGGAAACUGAAGCUGAACAUGAGUUUGAUAUCGGAAAUUACAUGCCAAUUCCUUGCGAUUCAAUCAGCGAUGAGGAACAAACGAAUAGCGAUGCAUCAGAUAUUGAACUGGGGACUAUUCAGCUCCCUGAGCCAUAUUCCUUGUCUGCUAUAGAACCUGCAGGAGUGAGUGUAAGCCGGGAUGUUUGGUCAUAUCCUCCACCAAAGGAGUCCGACAUUGAACUCAGCGAUUCAAAAAUUGAUGAAGUAAAACAGGUUAUGCAAAGUGUCUUGCUGCCCCCGACUGCGGUUCCUGAGUGGGCCAAGAAUAUUCCAGAGGAAAAAUGGAAAGAACAUUUGAUAAACAAAAUACAAAACAAAGAAAAAGGAUAAGUUA